AUGUGGAUAAUUCUGCAUAUUUGUCUGUCCCUGUCUUGUAACUAUAUCUCUGUAGCUUCGAUGGCCAGUUCAGGUACCUGUCAGUUCCAGAGACACUUCAAGUUGAACAGCAUGUACCAGGAUGGAGACCUUAUCAUAGGUGGUCUGUUUGAGGUUCAGUACCUCAAAGCAUUCCCAGAGCUGAGCUUCAGAACAGAGCCGGAACUACCACACUGUGAGCACUUCUACAUGACAAGCUUCCAGCAUGCACAGACCAUGAUUUUUGCUAUAAAUGAGAUCAAUAAUAAUCAUAGCCUGCUGCCUGACAUCACACUUGGUUACCAAAUCUAUGACAACUGUUUAAGGCUCGGAGUGGCAUUCAGGGCUGCAAUAGAUCUUAUUAGUGGGUCAGAAGAGUCCUUCUCCGACCUCAACUGCACUGGCCCACCCCCGGUGAUUGGAAUCAUUGGGGAUCCAGGUUCCACUAAUUCUAUUGCAAUUUCCAGUGUUCUUGGGCUGUUCAGAGUGCCUAUGGUUAGUUACUAUGCCACGUGCUCCUGUUUGAGUGCCAGGAAAAAAUAUCCCUCUUUCUUCAGAACUAUUCCCAGUGAUGCCUUCCAGGUGCGGGCUAUGGUUCAAAUUCUGAGGCAUUUUGGAUGGACCUGGGUUGGCCUGCUUUACAGUGAUGAUGACUAUGGCAUCUAUGCCGCUCAGUCCUUUUAUCAGGAUGUGCAGCUGUUUGGAGGGUGUGUGGCCUUCUCUGAGAUACUGCCCAAUGAUAACAACAGGAAGGAAAUACAACGCAUAGUGGAAGUCAUUCAGGGCUCCACAGCUAAAGUGGUGGUUGUAUUUUCCACUUCAAGUUAUUUGUUGCCCGUGGUUGAUGAAAUGCUGUUGAAAAAUGUGACAGGAAGACAAUGGAUUGCUAGCGAGGCUUGGGCUACUUCUCCUGUGCUUCUCGCCCCACGGCUUAAGCCUGUCCUGGGGGGCACGAUAGGUACUGCCAUAAGACGAGGAGAGAUUCAGGGACUUGGUGACUUUCUGCUACGCCUUCGUCCUGGCAACAAUUCACAAAACAGCAUGGUGAGAAUCUUCUGGGAGAACAUGUUUGGUUGCAAGUUUGAAAAUGAAGGCAGAGAGGGAGAAAAAAUUUGUACAGGGCAAGAGAAUCUGAGCAGCACAGACACAGCUUACACUGAUGUAUCAGAGCUGAGGGCCUCAUAUAAUGUGUAUAAGGCAGUAUAUGCCCUGGCACAUGCAUUGCAUGACCUGAUGCAGUGUGAGGAGGGGAGAGGGCCAUUUAGUGGGAACAGCUGUGCCGACAUAAACAACCUCCAGCCCUGGCAGGUAAUCCAUUACCUACAGAAAGUGAACUUCACCACAGGAUUUGGUGAUCAUGUGUCAUUUGAUGAGAAUGGAGAUGCCCUGGCCAUCUAUGAUGUGAUGAACUGGCAGACGAGCGCGGACGGGUCGAUUAUUAUCCGUACAGUUGGUGUGGUUAAUGAAGGGGCAGCAGGUGGGAAGGUGCUCACACUGGAUGCGGAUGCAUUAUUCUGGAACUUUGAGACAAAAAAACCCCCACAGUCUGUGUGUAGUGAGAGCUGUCCUCCAGGCACCAGGCAAGCCACGAGGAAGGGCCUUCCUGUCUGCUGUUUUGACUGCCUGCCAUGUGCAGAUGGAGAGAUUUCUAAUAAAACAGACUCCACUGAGUGCAUAGCAUGUCAAGAUGAGUUCUGGUCCAAUCCAGAAAAAAAUAAGUGUAUUCCUAAAGAAGUGGAGUUUCUAUCUUAUGAGGAUCCACUGGGCAUCUCCCUGACUACUGCCUCCCUUCUUGGUACCUGCUUCUGCGCUCUUGUGAUGAUCGUCUUUGCUCAUCACCGCAAAACUCCAGUAGUACGUUCAAACAAUUCAGAGCUCAGUUUUCUUUUGUUAUUGUCACUUAAACUCUGUUUCCUGUGUGUGCUGCUGUACAUUGGCCGACCACAGCUGUGGACAUGUCAGUUAAGACAUGCCAUGUUUGGCAUUAGCUUUGUCCUGUGCAUCUCCAGCAUCCUGGUCAAGACCAUGGUGGUAAUAGCUGUGUUCAAAUCAUCUCAGCCUGAGGGUAAAGCUACUAUUAAAUGGUUUGGAGCAGCCCAACAACGAGGCACCGUCCUGGCUCUAACUGCCCUCCAGGUGGUUAUAUGUGCAGUCUGGUUGUCAACAUCCUCUCCCACACCCCAUAAAAACAGCCAGUAUAUAAGGUCUAAAAUAGUGUAUGAAUGUGCUAUUGGUUCAGUGGCUGGAUUUUCCAUGCUACUUGGCUAUAUUGGCCUUCUGGCAGCAAUAAGCUUCUUGUUAGCCUUCCUGGCAAGGAAUCUCCCAGAUAAUUUUAAUGAGGCCAAGUUCAUCACUUUUAGUAUGUUGAUCUUCUGUGCUGUAUGGAUAGCAUUUGUACCAGCAUAUGUCAGCUCACCAGGGAAAUAUUCAGUAGCCGUGGAGAUAUUUGCUAUUUUGGCUUCCAGUUUUGGAUUACUGGUGGCUAUAUUUGCCCCAAAGUGCUACAUCAUUGUACUGCAUCCAGAAAGAAACACUAAAAAAGCCAUCAUGAGAAGAGCCACACAAAACAAAUAG